AUGCACGCGAUUCGACAAGACGAGUGGUCGUUUUUCGUCUCUUGCGUCCAAUCAAAAUUGGUUGAAGAGGUUGAGAGGCCCGUAACCAUGCCUACGACAAAGACCAAGAUUGACGCGAGACAGCACGGGAAGAACGUAUGGAAGAUAUCAAGUAUGGAAAUGUUCAUGUCGCAGGCGGCCGACGUGUGUUACUGUGCUGUUAGACGACGCGGCGUGUCAUUGGACUGGGAAUGGAACGUACAGGACGUAAAAAAAGAAUCCAAGCAAAAAGAUAAGAAAAGUAAAGAAAAUCAGAAAUUUCAGGAAACGAGAGAAGGGGUGGUACAAAACGACAGGCAGGUGGAGAAUGAUCUAUUUGUUGACCUGCAGUAUGUAAAUGAAGUCGGGAGAACCAUGUAUGCAUGCAAACAAGUGCGGUCCCGACUCCGGUAUUAUACAGGCAAACAACUUUACCGGUCGGUACGAAACAGAAAACGGUCACCCAAAUUGUGGAGACUUUGCACAAGGAAAGUCAAAACUGAUAGGAGAUCUACGAUUUUUCAUACUUGGUGUGGCUGGGAGACAGGUGUCAACAACAUGCAGACAGACGCUCAGACAGACUGA